UUGUGUGAUUUUAUAACAAAAAAUGUAUUUUCAUAUUUUCAGUUAAGUACGGUGAAAGUCGUUAUAUCUAUUAAUGAAUUUGACUCUUAAAUUUAAAAAUAUAGGGAUUUAUGGUGAAUCAAAAUUCAGAUUUCCAAUUAAAGAAAUAUUAUUUGUUUGACUGUGGCUCAAUCAAUAUUAUCUCAAAAGGAAAAUAUUGUUAAUAACAAAGUCACUAUAUAUUCUUUGUGAGAAGUAGGCAUUAUAAGAUUACCAAAACUUUUUGUAAUUUAAAAUGCAAUGAAUUUGACCUACUUGACCUACUUGUUAAAUAAUUAGGUAGUGUCUUUCUUUUGGUGCUAGAAUUCUGUUUGCGAUAAAACCGCUUAAAUUUAAUUAAGUCUUCAUGUUCUUUACAGACUUGCUUAUUUUUAUUUUUUUUCUAAUAAGUAUUUAAAAAUUUUAUAUUUUUUAUUAGAUUUUUAUGGUUUAAUUUUUUAUUAAGAGAUUGGUCCGACUAUUAUGUAUCUAGAUGGAAAGAAAAGUGAAAAAUGAGAAGUUUUUGAUGGUUUUUUCUUCCUUCACCACCUCCCGUUUUUCUUCCUAUCCCCCCUUACACUACAGGAAAUUCAUUGAUUACCGGCGGGCUAUUAGCGACGGCCCUUAGGCCUUCGGUAAAGUUUGUUUACCGAAGGAUUUUCCGAGGGUUUGUAAAGUAGUACAUAAUUGGAGGAUUUUGGCCAUCGGUAAUCGACAUGGGACAUUAUCGAAGGAACUUGACCUUCGGUAAGUGGUUGGUGUAUAAGAAAAUUUUUCCCUCCCCCAUAUUUCGCGAAAGCUCUUCUUCCCCCAAUAUUCAGAAUCUCCCAACUCUUUCUUCCCCUAAGUCCUUCUCCGAACUCCUUGUACUGCUUGUGCACACUGUUCCCUCCACCAUCAUUGCGCUCCAGCCUCAUCGUUCACUCAAGGAAGCCAUCUUCGUCGUUCGGCCGACCAUUCCAAGAACGUCCUUAGAGUCAUCUUCUCGAAGGGUCUGGGUCGUUGGCUACCGGUGUUCGCCUGCGUUAGCUGCCGGAGUUCGCCGCUCACAUUAUUAUUAGGGCGAAAAUCAGGGUCGUAGGCGCGGGGUGCUGGAGUUCGCCUCCCUCUAUUGUGCUUCAACCGCAACGUGAGCUCGUGAAGCGCCAUUGCAGUUCAAUCGUGCCUCUGCAAACCUGUAUUGGCCUGAACUUCACUUCCGUUUUGAGGACUCCUGUUCGGGACACUUCACUCGCGAGAACAUGGCCCAUUUUCCCAACCAUCGUGGAUGGAUGUACGACCGUUGUUAUAGUGGAAGGAGAGGUUUGAAGGAAUCUUUUGUGAUCGGAGUUGAAGAGUUUGUGGAGACGGCCCGACGAUAUCAAUAUUAUGCCCUUGAUGUGGGGAUUCGAUGUCCAUGCAUGAAGUGCGAAUGUACAAGGAUUUUGAAAGAUCAUGAUGUCAAACUUCACCUUUACCAAAAAGGGUUCAUGCCUAAUUACACGGUUUGGACAUUUCAUGGUGAAGAAAUUCCUUCGACCUCCACUCCAACUGAAAAGCGGCUUGCAUCAGGUUCGAAUACUAUUGUACAUACAUCUGAGAUAGAUCAAUUUGCCUAUAUGCAAGAGAUGGUCGACAAUGCUCUUCGUCACCAUGCUGAACAAGAAGCAAACGAUAUUCAUGAUGAAGAGCCUCCAAAUGAAACCACUCAGAGGUUUUACAAUUUACUGACAGAGGCAAAUCUACCUGUAUUUGAAGGUUCAUCUGAGUCAAAAUUGUUAGUGUGCAUUAGACUCAUGGCUGGGAAAUCUAAUUGGAACGUUCCCAUUCAAGCAGUGGACUUCUAUACAAAAUUGAUGUUAGAUUUGACACCACUAAUCAAUUUUAUGCCGAAGAAUUAUUACCAAGCCAAAAAAUGUGUUUCAAAGUUGGGAUUGGAAGUCAAGAAGAUUGAUUGUUGUGUUAAUGGAUGUAUGUUAUUCUAUGACAAUGACAGUGGCAAAAAUGAUGCAUUGUUGGUUGAAUGCAAGUUUUGUGGCUCACCUCGAUAUCAUACGAUGCAUGCUGGACGGAGGCAAAAAAAACCAAUUCCCUUAAAGUCGAUGUUCUAUUUGCCUAUAAUUCCAAGAUUACAAAGAAUGUUUACUUCAAUGCAAACAUCAGAACACAUGACAUGGCAUGAUGGUAACAAAACUAAAGGAUUUUUGCGUCAUCCUUUUGAUGGUGAAGCUUGGAAGAACUUCAAUCGUAAACAUCCAUCCUUUGCUAGUGAACCGCGUAACGUCAGACUUGGUCUAUGCUCUGAUGGGUUUACCCCGUACAUUCAGGCGUCUGCAUCACCAUAUUCAUGUUGGCCCGUGAUAGUUACCCCAUACAAUAUACCACCUGAGAUGUGUAUGACAAAGCCUUAUAUGUUUUUAUCGUGUAUAAUACUAGGUCCAUCUAAUCCCAAAUCAUUGAUUGAUGUUUAUUUGGAGCCAUUGGUUGAUGAUUUGAAGAAGUUAUGGAAUGGUGUUUGGACGUAUGACGUUUCAAGGAAGCAAAAUUUCCUUAUGAGGGCAAUCUUGAUGUGGACUACUAAUGACUUCCCAGCUUACGGCAUGUUAUCUGGUUGGAGCACGCAUGGUCGAUUAGCUUGUCCACAUUGCAUGGAACAUACAAAGUCAUUCCAAUUGAGUUAUGGCCGGAAAAGUAGUUGGUUUGACUGCCAUUGACGGUUCUUGCCCAUUGAUCACCCCUUUAGAAGAAACAAAAAGGCAUUUCGCAAAGGGCAAGUUGAAACAGAUAUGCCCCCGCCAAAGUUGACUGGAUCACACGUUUGGAGAUGAGUGAAAGACUAUCCAAAAGUCACUGAAUCUGGUCAGAAUAGGAUAGAAGGGUUUGGAGAAUGACAUAAUUGGACUAAAAGAAGCAUAUUCUGGGAACUUCCCUAUUGGAAAGACAACUUGCUAAGACACAACCUCGAUGUCAUGCACACAGAAAAGAACUUCUUUGACAAUGUCUUCAACACAGUUAUGAAUGUUAUAGGUAAGACAAAAGAUAAUGAGAAAGCAAGAAAAGAUUUACCUUUGUAUUAUGGACGAAAAGACUUAGAGUUGAAGGCGCAAGGUAACGACCGACUAUUUAAACCAAAAGCAAAUUACACCAUGUCAAAAGACGAGGCAAGAAUAGUGUGUGGAUGGAUCAAGGAGCUUAGAAUGCCAGAUGGAUAUGCUUCUAACUUGUCCAGAUGUGCCAAUUCUUCUCAUGUCCAUGUCUUAAUCAAUUGCAGUGAAGUUAAGCCGUACCUUGAGUAUGUCAUCAUCCAUCUCUUAUCUUUCCAACGACACAAUUGUUAUACACUAAUGAAUUUCAUUUGUACCAGCUCAUUUCUUGUAGCUGAGCAAGUCGCAGAAGGAAAUACAUAUGCUAGAAUACACUCUGAGUUUCCCCAAUGGUUUAGAAAUCAGGUCUGUAGUUUUUCCUACGGUUAGAAAUCGGUUAAUUUGACUCUUGCUUUUAUAAUUUUUUUAGUGUCUUUGUAGGUUUUUAAUCAGGCAUUAACUCCCACAAUUCAAGAGUUAAGACAUCUCUCGAAUUGGCCAAUGAGAUGUGUCAAAGAAUGGCACACUUACUUCACCAAUGGUUACAAAUUCCAUACACAUGAAUGGUCUAAAGGAAAGAAAACAUCAAAUUGUGGUGUGUAUGUGAAGGGCCUAACAGAGGGUUGUUAUGAUGAUUUCUACGGCAUCAUUCAUAAAAUAUAUGAGCUAGAGUACAACAACACUACUUCUCCAAACAGAGUAGUACUUUUUUAUUGUGAAUGGUUUGAUCCUUCUAGAGUUGAUCCACGCUUUAAUAUUGUCGAACUCAACCAGAGAUUAAGAUAUAAACCGUUUGAUCCUUUCAUUCUACCAACUAAUGUCAGACAGGUUUAUUAUGUGCCAUAUCCACCAUUCCGCAAUAUUGACAAGCGUGGUUGGGCCGUAGCAAUACAAACCAAGCCUAGAGGUCGCAUUGACUCAAAUGUGGUUGAGGAAGAUGUUGCCUACCAACUUGACCAAAUGUCACAACCACGAGAAAUUAUUGAAGUUGAACGUAUAACCGCAUUGGUCGACCCUAAUGGUGAUGGAGAUGAUUUAGAAGCAACAAUACAAGGUGAUGAAGAACAAGAAGAAGAAGAACAAGAAGAAGAAGAAGAAGAAGAAGAAGAAGAAGAAGAACAUGAUGAUGAUGAUGACGACGAAGAAGAAGAAGAAGAUGAUGAUGAUAAUGACGAUGAUGAAGAAGAAGAAGAAGAUGAAGAUGAAGAUCAUGAUGACGACGAUUAAAUUAAUGACAGGACAAGGUUCAGAACGUCCUGAUAAAGGAAAGGGGGUAGCAAGGCCUAAAAAGAGGCAACGGCAGGCACCAAAGUAUGUACUUAGGGUGCCUGCUAGACUACCUACCAUUGCUGCCCCCGGUACAUCAUCUGUGGGGCCUCCUCCUACCCCUACAAUACAGCCUCUUACCCAUGCAGUACACCCUUCUCCUACUCCUGCAGCACACCCUUCUACUACCCCUGCAGUAGACCCUCUUCCUCCUCCUGUGAUUAUAACCCCCACUCCUCCCCCUGUGGUUAUUACCCCCACUCCUCUCCUUGACCCUACUUUUAUACCUUCCUCAUCUUCUAUACCGCCUUCUGAGACUGUCACACCAUCUGCUGGUCCAGAUUCAAGUGGUGAUGGUGAAGGUCUUGACCCGCUCCUCCAUGAUCGACCAUGGAUUGAGCCGUAUGGUAAAGGGUUUAUUCCAUCUAGGGUUGCUUCCCAGGCCAUCACACGUUCAAUUAAGCAACAGUUUUUAAGUCCAUGGCCUACUUGGGGAGCAAUAUCUGAUGACGACAAAAAGCCAUUCUGGGAGCGCUUUCAGAUGAAGGUGUAGUGGAAACCUGAACAUGAAACUCAGAUACACAGAAAUUUCCACAUGAAAGCAUCUCAUCGGCUGUCAGAGAUGUUUAGGGAUGCCCGCAAUGCAGGACAACGCCCUUACUGGCUGGGUGAACAAAUUUGGAACUCUUUACUGGCUCAUUGGAAUACAGUAGAGUUUCGCAAUAAGUGUGCCAAAGCCCAAAGGAACAGAGCAUCUGAAAGGGGUGGCACCCUGCAUACUGGUGGGUCGAUCACCAUUCAUGAGCAUGCCAUUCGUAUGGCACAAGCUCUGGGACGUGCGGUCCAUGUUGAUGAGGUCUUUGCACAGACUCAUGUAAGGAAGGACACUAAUCAAUUCGUUGAUGAAAGAUCUCGGAAGACUCAUAAUUUUCUACGAGACUUUCACAGGUUAGAUCUGAACAUGAGUCAGCUCCUACACCGGAUGAUGCCAGUAAUGCAGAAGAUGACAUCCGUAGGACACAGUGAUGGAUCGACAUCGUUGGUGGGAAGAAAAAGGGACGAGUGUACGGUGCAGGACAACUUGCUGCAAACUAUACAACAUCGAGAGGAGGUACUCUGAAGCACCAACCUUCUUCUUCCACCACUACUCCUAACGAGGUCGUUCUCCGCCUCACGCAGGCACUGCAACAACGUGACCAGGAGAUCACUGAUUUGAGAGCAGAGUUUACAAACUUUAAGGCCCUGGUCAUGAGAGUGUUGCCUGGUACUUCACAGGAUGAAUUCAAUAUCCCUCCGACCCAGCCACAACCCUCCUCGUCACCCGCUGUCCCUCAGCAGCCCACAUCAGUCCAACCCUCAUCAGUCCAACCCUCAUCAAUCCAACCCACACCAGUCCAACCAUCUAUAGAGGAGCAGGAUGAUGAAGAUGGCUCUGAUGAUAACUAUGUACAGUAUUAGUUUCAUUUUGUUAUUAGUUGUUAUAGAAACAAUUGAAUAUUACAACAUUUGGAGUUUACAUCAUUUGGAUGUUAGAUCAGUUGGAUGAUUUGGAUUUUAGAACAUCAUUAUGUUACAUUGUUAUAUGUUAUUAAUAUGAAUAUGGAUUAA